CUUUUUUGUCUAAAUGUAAUACAGCUCUUGUUUUCUUAAAAUCCUGUUUAAAUAAUUCAUUAGUAUAUAUGCGACAGACAGAGAUGGCGAGACAACUCUUCACCUUUAUUAUAUUCCUCACUGGGGCCGUAACAGGUAAACACAACAUUAUGUCUUUAAACUUUUUGACGUACUUUAUUGUUAAGCUUCUUUUCUCAUUAUCUCCCUUCGUUAGUGUGAGCCGAGGAGAGAACAUUCCAUUGAUCAUAAGACAUUGUCAAACUUUAAAUACAGGGAGGUAAUUCAGUAUUCAACACUGGUCCUUUACAAUAUUUACAGUUGCGUGCUUUCGUUUCUGAGUAUGUUGAAGGUUAGUACACCAAAAUCCUUAACUUACAAAAACUAUUUAAAUCUAUGCAGGUAUGAUGUAUACAGCUUUUAAAACCUUGCAAAAAAUAUUAAUAUUAAAGAAUUCAUUAUUUAAGCUAAUCUAUUUCACAAAACUUCAAUAGAAUAAUCUUUUGGAUACGCCAAUGGUUAAUUAAAAUAACGAUAGUAGUAGUGUAAACAUUGACACCUCUAGUAUGAGUUUUAAGUUUCGAAUAUAUAUAAUCUGCGGUUUAUCUAUACAAUGUUACCCCCUUUUGUGACAAGUAAAGGAGUUGUGUUGUUUACUUGUUUAAAUUUUAAAAAAAGUCUUAUAGCUAUAGACACAUAUUUGUAAAUAAUAAUUAUAUAUAUAUAUAUAUAUAUAUAUAUAUAUAUAUAUAUAUAUAAAAAAAAUCUAUUAAAUCUUUUUUUUUUGUGUUGUUUACUUGUUUAAAUUUUAAAAAAAGUCUUAUAGCUAUAGACACAUAUAUGUAAAUAAUAAAUAUAUAUAUAUAUAUAUAUAUAUAUAUAUAUAUAUAUAUGAAAAAACUCUAUUAAACCUUUUUUUUCAGGACUUCAGUUAAUUAUUCAACCACAGCAGAUAGAGGAAGGAGUUACACAGACCCUGGACAUCAACUGUUCAACGUCGCUUGGUGCAGGCUCGGACUUCGUUACGUUGGUCUCAUUGGUUUUAUCUUUGGCCACGAUCAGUGGAGGACAGUUCAACGAUUUGGCAUCCGUCGACUCGUUUUCUGGGCAGGUCGUCAACCUCGGUCACGGUAACCUAACGGUCUUCGGAAACAUCGACAACAACGGCGAGUCGUUCCUCGGCGCACGAUGGAGCAGUCCAGGACUGCAGGAGACGGGGGUCUACAAGUGCACGGCCAACGGCCUGGACGUGACGGGUCAGCCGGUCAAUGUGUCCACAUCGAGCCAGGUCAAUGUUAAACAGUCAGAAAUUCAAGCGUUGAAAGCAGAGCUCAGUAAGAUGAAAGCGGAUAUCGAGUUGGCGCUGAACAACAGUUGCAUCUCUGGUACGUUUUAAAGUAAGAAUUAGAUGAAUAAUUUUAAUUAUGAUUACACCUCUUUAUUUUGUUUUAGCUCGCAACUAAUAACCUCAACUUUCACUUUAGUUAGUAAUUGCUAAUGAAGAGGAUCAAUAUGUUUUUUUAAAAAAAGAUAAUUAUAAUUUUUGUAAAAAAUAUUAUAGCACAUUGAUGGCUUGUGGACGUGUCAUUAUAUAAUUAUGGGAACAUAAAUAAUCUUAAUAGCAUAAACAAUUAUGACAACAUAAGUAAUUAUGACAACAUGAAUAAUUAUGAUAACCUAAAUUAAUUAUGAUAAUAAGCAUAAUUAAGACAUCAUAGAAAAUUAAGAAAGAAUCAAUAAUUAUGGCAAAUAUAAAUAUUAUGACCACAUAGCAUACAUAAUAAAGAUAUUAUAAAAAAUAAUGUCUACAUAAGUAAAUACAUAAAUGUGUUGCUAUAAAGGAUCAAUUCAAAUUACCUUAAGACUCAAGGGCCAUAAUAAACGACGUCACACUAUUUUGGCCAGUAUCCCGCCCGCACCCAUUUUUUCACUCCCUCCUUUUCCCAGUAUAUAAGAAAAAUGAGACCUAUCUUAAAAAGGUCGUCACAAUUUGUGGACACCCCACGCGCCUCUAGAUGUUUGACGUCAUUUACGGAUGGCACCAAACUGUAAUUUAGUUUGACUCUAAACUAUACAAAAUUUGCUAAAUGAAAACAAGUUUGUUUACAAUUAGAAUUGUUCUCAUUGCCGAGAUCCUACAUUCCAUGUACGAAAGUAUUUCUUUGUGAAUAAGUUGUUAUGACGCCUAUGACGCUUAUUUUGAACAAAAUUUAUAAUCGUAUCCAGGAUGUUGGCAGAACAAGCUGGAUGUCAUGAUGGAGUUAAUGUUCACAUCGUCCACUGUUCGCAACGGACACCGAUAUCUUCUGUCUACCAAAGACAACAGGGUAACCGCCCCUGUGGCGGCAGCCACGUGCGUGUUCUUUGGCGGCUACCUGGCCGAGAUUGACGACGUGGACGAGUUCCUGUUCGUCCAGAGUUUCGUCAACUCCUCCGACUUCCAGAUGACCCUCAUUGCAGGCACGAACGACAGUCCUAACGGCACCUGGGUCAUCCAGCGCACGAACCAACCAAUGCCGUUUACUAAAUGGGGGCUUGGCCAGCCCAUUGGAUCCAGUGGUGUAAAUUGUGCUUACCUGAACUCGCAUUACAACUGGGACAUGGACGUCUACUCGUGCUACAACCUGGAAACUGCCUAUAAUUUUUGGCCUAGAUUUGUCUGUGAGCUACCAGAGUAGUAUGUAGUUUAAAGCACCCUCCCUAUCUCCAAUUUUUAAUUGCAAUUCUGGAUACAACAUAAUAAAAAUAUUUACAUAUUUCCUCGUAUAUUUCGUAAAAAAAGUAUACCUUUCUAUUUUUUAAAUAACCUUUAUAUCUUAAUUUGAUUCACCGAGCCUUUCAAACGUAUCUAAACCAGAUUGAUAUAUAAAUUAUAUAUAAAUCUAUAACUAUUAAAACUUAUAGAUAUUCAAAUAUUGUAUUUUAUUUACUUUGUAAUGAACUUUCAGUCUUCAUAUGUGAAGUAGACGCAUCCUGAUCUUUUACUCUUGUCUUGUGUCUUGUUCACAUGACAUUGAGUCGCCACAAUAGUCGUAGAAUUAUAAAGUUAGCAGUUUUGAUGUCGUUAUAAUGAGUCUUUUCAGACUUCAUUUUAUUGUAAAAAUUAUGUGUCUUACGUGCGGGAAAGAUUUCCAGGCACAAAUAGGACUGGUAAGCCACCAGAAUAGUCACCGUUGAAUGCAGCCUUGGUCAUCUUCGCAUGCGAAGGAUUGAAGACCUUUUAUAUUCACGAAUGUGUUUGUUACACAAUGUAACACUGGUGUUUUAACACCAUGCACUAAAUGCAAAUACCAUCGGACCUUAACUUCAUUCAUUUUUUUAAAAUUCAUAAAUAAGACACAAACUAUCUUUUUUUUUUUAAUAUUAAAAAGAAAUAUUUCC